AUUAAAAUAAAACCAUUUAAACUGGGUGUUCGGAUUUACCUAUAUGUCACUUAGUAUAUAUAUAUAUUUUAUUUUGGCUUUAUUGUUUAUUAUAGAAAAUCGUGUUUGCCAAAAUUAUUAGGCUUAUUAUUAAUACCUCUCAGUGAAGCUGACCUAACUAACCUAACUACCCGUAAUAUAUCUAAUUUAUCGAAAAAAUAUAAAUACUAAUUUAUCAAUUAAAUUUUGAACUGCAGGUCAUGAGAUUGUAUUAUUUUCAUAAAAUGCCUGUCAAGGUGCUUGAUUUUCUUAAAGAAAACUUAUCUUCAUGAGUUGAGCCAUCUAAUAUUUUUAUUUUGAAUAUAUUUAUUAAUUGUAGAUUCCCUAAAAACACUGACCGUUGCCAACUUUGGGUGAAAUUUGUUAAUAGAGGUGAAUGGACACCUACAAGAUCUAGUGUUAUUUGCUCGAAACAUUUUUCUGAGGAGUCAUUCUAUAGAACAUCAAAAUGUUAUGUUAAUCUCAAACCAAAUGCUGUUCCGACAAUACAUCUAAAUCAGGAAGAAUCACCACCUGCCAAGAUACUAGUACUAUCAAAUACAGUAUUAAGACCUAAUUUCGACUCAUCCGUUCUACAGAAACAAGCAGUUAGUAUAAGACAUCAUAGCAAUAAGCUUGUAUUAUUUAGAGGGCAGUAAUCAAUUAAUCUGUUAUCUAUGUAUUUAUGUAAUAAAGAUUAUUUCCAAACCUGAUUUUUAUUUAUGUAGGCACGCAAAAAC